AUGCAGGAACCAUCAGUUCCAGAAAAUCAACCUAAAAAAGAAAAUAUUUUAUCAACAAAAUGUCGAUUUCUUCUUUGGAGUUGUAUUUUAAUUCAAAUAUCAAUUAUUAUUGGCGUUAUUGCAACAGUUAUAUUCAGUCGUUAUCAAUCACCAUUUUCAUCCAUCAAUAUAAAAUAUGACAUUGGUAAUAUUAAUUUUCUUUAA